AUGAACCAAGGUCCACCCCUGCGUUACGACCCUCAAAGACUUCGCUCGACCACGAUCCUACCAUCUCUAACCGCGAAUCUUUGUAUCGAAAACGCUACAUUGUUGUACAGCAAACCACGACGAGAGAAUGCAGACCCCCGGAUCAGCGCAACAAUGCGAUUCCGAAAACGCAAGGCCAUUCCCGAUGACCAGAUCUGCCAGCGGACAGAACCGAACGAAAUGUGGAGAAUCAUGAGGCGAUCUCUGCCCAACCGCCCGGUCACACGUCGCAAGCAAUGA